CGCCGAUGGUAUAUUUGAACGGUCGUGCUACGGCCACACUGUUUCUCCUUCCCCAUCAGAAAGUGGACCAGAAUAUCGCCGCCAUCGUCUCACUCGUCUGCGCCAGAUGCAUCCGCCGUGGGUUUAAGGAGCAGCGCGUGUCCUGCGUGGGACUCCCGAUCCGCACGUGAGGCUCCUUGGCUGCAGAUUACACUUUGCUGAUUGCAGCAUCCCCCCGUAUCCCACCUAACAGAGCCCAGCAGCCUCCUCUAAUCAGCGGCAGCAGCAACACCAAGGCAGCAAUCUAAUCCCACAGUCUGUCUACGAUGAGCACCAGUACCGGGAGUGUCCACGGAAGUGGACUUGGGCAUGAACGGUUGAUUGGCAACCGGAAUCGCAACAACGGAGAGCUAAGCCUGAUGCAGGACCUUCAAAACAAGUACGCCUUCCUGGAGAAUCUGUUUAGCAAGUUCUGGAAGUCGAUCAUUCAAUCGAAUUCCAAUCUCAAGCUUCGCCUAAGGAAUGUCAAGUGGAAGAAUGCCAAGGCCAAGCCGGGCUGUGCCUAUCAGCCAACCGAGAUUGAGCAGGUGGCUAAUGUGAUUACUCACGGGAUUUGGAUAUUGCCGGCCGUUUUUGCGGCCAUUAAGCUGUUUGAACGUUCCUCGAGCUCCAGCCAGUACCUAGUGUCCUGGGUUUAUGGCGGUGCUCUUUGCAUGCUCUUUACCGUUUCGACCUUCUUUCACUGUUCCUGCUACUGCGCCGAGCACAAACCUCCGCGGAAUGUCAAGGAAUGGCCCACUCUGGGCUGGCAGACGUACCAAGGACUCAAGAAUGUGCUGCAUCGAUGCGACAGGGCUAUGAUCUAUGUCUUCAUUGCCGGCUCCUACUUUCCCUGGCUAACGCUGGAGAACACGGACCACUCGGCCAUUCUCUUCUGCAUGGAGUGGGUCAUCUGGCUGAUGGCGGCUGUCGGGAUUGCCUACCAGCAAAUAUUUCACGAGCGCUACAAGUGCCUGGAGACGUUCUUCUAUCUGGUAAUGGGCCUGGGCCCAGCGCUAGUGGUUGUGUUCACGGGCCAUCACUUUCACGGGAUGCUGCAGCUAAAGUUCGGCGGUGGCUUCUACAUCCUGGGCAUUGUGUUUUUUAAGGCGGACGGCCUCAUACCGAUGGCCCAUGCCAUUUGGCAUCUGUUUGUGGUGCUGGCAGCUGGAUGCCACUACUAUGCCAUCCUUGUGAACCUCUAUCCCGGCGAAGGAGCUAUCGAGCCGUGAAAGUGGAGGGGAGGAGCUGGAGAGUUUUUUGGGGAAACAGCGAAUUUAGACCUUAGAGUACUUAACCGACAGGGAUUCCUAUUGAAGUUGUAGAUGAGGAUAAUGAUGAUGAAUGUACCCGAUUCACUGCUCCACAAUUAGCCAAAUUUUUUUCGAGCAAGUACGAAAUAGUUGUAGCCUAGCAUUACGGACUAACUAUAUGUCUAAAUCGAAACGAUUCUUGUGAUCAGUAUCUGCGGUCUUGCCAAAGAUUCAAACUGUGCGAGUGCUCACGUCUCUAGCGUCUAUCUCUAACUUGAUAUUAUUAUAUUUGAAUAGCGAUUAGCGAUUAACGGUAGUCGAGUAUGUUUCUAUAUAUACUAUAUGCCAUUAUGUACUAGCUCACGAAGGACACUCACAAACGAAUGAAUUUGUACAAAUCUGAACGUUUACAACAUAAAUUCUAAUGCCCA